AUGACUUUGGCAAAGAUUGUUGCUACUUCUUUAGCUCAAAAGCAUGGCUUACAUGAAGCUGUGGGAAGUCUUGUAGAUACCUCUCUAUAUAGAAUGAUAGUAGGGAGUCUUCAAUAUUUGACACUCACAAGACCUGAUAUCACUCAUGCAGUGAAUCUAGCAAGCCAAUUUAUGCAAAGUCCCAAUAUUGAACAUUUGCAAAGAGUCAAAAUGAUUCUAAGGUAUAUCAAAGGUACUCUACACUUUGGACUUAGAAUUAUUUCACAAUCACCUUAUAGGUUGUAUGGAUAUUCAAAUGCCGAUUGGAGAGGCUGCACCACUUCUAGGAGAUCAACUAUAGGUUAUAGCAUCUACCUAUGUGCAAAUUGUAUUUCAUGGACUUCCAAGAAACAGACCACAGUACCAAGAUCAAGUGUUGAAGCUGAGUAUAAAGCAUUAGCCUUCACUGCAGCAGAGAUGACAUGGAUCACAUAUCUACUUCAUGAUCUUGGGGUGUACCUCAAGUCAGUUCCUACACUGUAUUGUGAUAACUUGAGUGCCUUGUACAUGAAAGUCAAUCUAGUUAUGCAUGCUAGAACCAAACAUAUUGAGAUGGACUAUCAUUUUGUUCGAGAAAAGAUGGCCAGAGGUCAAUUUCUUACUUAG